UCUCACCAAUCCUGCAGAGAUGAAGUACUUGUUGUUUGUGCUCCUGGUGGCUGCCGCUUGCGCUUCUGAGGUGGAGAAGCGAGAGGCGGAGCCAAGCCGUGCCUACAACUAUGGCUACGGUGUCCACCACCACGCCUACUACCCCCGUACCUACUACCACCCUUACCACACCUACCACAAGAGGUCCGCCGAGCCUGAGGCUGAAGCCGAACCCUCUUACGGUUCCUACCAUUACCGAGGCUACUACCGUCCCUAUUCCUACGGCUACCACAAUACUCCCUACGUCCACCACCACCACAAGAGGUCCGCCGAGCCUGAGGCCGAAGCAGAGCCCUCUUACGGCUCCGUCCACUACUACCGCCCCUAUUCCUAUGGCUACCAACCACACCACUAUACUCCCUCCGUCCACCACCACCACAAGAGGUCUGCUGAACCCGUUGCUGAGGCUGAAGCCAACUACGGUUACAGGUCAUACCAGCCCGUGUACCCUCGUUACUACCACUCCUCCCACUACUCUCCCUACGCUCACAGCCACCACAAGAGAUCUGCCGAGCCAGGAGCUGAUGCUGGAGUCAGCUAUGCUCAUCACCACCAGUACCAGCCCGUUCACUACCAUGGAGUUCACUAUGGUUACGGCUACUAGGCUCACUACUUAGGCACUGGGAGUUUAUGUUCUGAUUUUAUCUAUAAGAGCUUUAUUUUAAAGAUAAUAAAGAAGUCGUA